AUGAGGGGCCACAAAGAGGGGGCGAAUGUCGGGUUGCAGCAGCCAAUCGAAGCGGAGGCACAAAAUACAACACUUCUCCGAGAAUCAGAAUACCACAGGAUCCAAGCCAAAGGUGGAAUUUCGCCGUGUUCAAGUGUCCAGACAAUCUACUCAGUUUCCCCGUGUAUUGCUGUACGUCCUGCCCCGUUUGUCACAUUUGGAGCUUACAUGGCCCGACUUGAGCAUCAGGCUAGAAUCUACCUUGAGAACAACCAAUGGAACCUCGACCUCGCCGUAUCUGAAUUUUAUCCCGAAGAACCAGAGUCGGAUUCAGCAGACGACCAAGAAUUAUAUUCGGAGCAAGAAGCAGGCCGUGCAGAUGAAAGAACUUUGGGCGGCGGGUCUGAAGCAUCCGCGCAAACUACACGACCCUCUGGGGCAAAACCACCCCGAAAGAAAUUUGCGACUUUGAAUGAUUUAAGCUCAGCGGAUACAGCGAGCCAUAAACCACAGGACGAUGAUCAUCCACAGAAUCUCUUCACUGGUGGGGAGAAGUCUGGUUUAGCUGUCCAAAACCCCGACGACCUCAAGAAGAAGAUCAUCGAAAAGGCAAUGAGAGAGUUGCCGCGUCAUGACGAUCCGCAACCACGGAGAUCUCAUUUUACUGGCACAGCCCGGACCCUCGGCGGUGAUGACGCACCAAGCGAAAUCAUCGAAGAUGCCAAUACAAGUCGCCCUCGGCCCCUUGAGCGUGUACAUAGAGUGCUACACUUCUGGAAUGACGGGUUCUCAGUAGACGAUGGUGAUUUGUACCGCUCAGACGACCCCAGGAACGCACCUAUCUUGGAAAGUAUUCGACAAGGCCGCGCACCAAUUGCUAUAAUGAAUGUCGAGCAAGGACAAGCUGUUGACGUGGAAGUCAAUCAGCACGACACCAAUUAUGUGAAACCGAAACCUAAAUAUAAGCCAUUCUCAGGAGCCGGCCAGCGCUUGGGAAGCCCGACCCCAGGCCCAGGUACACCCGCGGCGGCCCCAGUCGCUUCCACGACAGCUGCAACAACCACAAAUACGGAGCCGGAGCAACCCAAAAUCGACAAUUCUCAGCCUACAGUGACGCUUCAGAUUCGACUGGGAGAUGGCACGAGAAUGACCAGUCGCUUCAAUACGACGCACACGAUUGGUGAUGUGUACGAUUUCGUGACUGCCUCGAGCCCCGCUAGUCAAACACGACCGUGGGUGCUUAUGACCACUUUCCCCAGCACUGAACUCAAAGACAAAUCAGCCGUGCUUGGUGAAAUCAAAGAGUACCAACGCGGCGGAGUAGUCGUGCAGAAGUGGACCUAG